AUGGCAAUGCAAACGUUGCGACGAUCAGGACGCCAUAUUCCUGUUGUUCCAAGAUACAUUGCAGAGUAUACGGUGUAUGGCGAAGCCCAUUCUCUUUGUUCCACCCUCGACGAAUUACCAACACAGCUCAACGCGCUUGACAUGUCGUAUAACCUCGAUCUUCACGACAGCAAUCUGCAUGUGUUUUCUAUCGGUGGUGGCAGUACAGACGACUAUGCUGGCAUUGUGCGAUCGAAUAGGCCGAUACCUGAAUUAUGCGACGUGUUUUACUUUGAAGCCAAAGUGAUGGAUGCAGGACGACAUGGCUUUAUCGUUGUUGGCGUAUGUUCUGAUCAAGCCGACCUUGAGCAAUUACCAGGAUGGGGGACUGAUACGUGGGGUUACCAUGCCGACGAUGGCCGUGCUUUCGAUGGCAACAGCGGCAAUGAUCAAGGGUUGCCCUUUGGACCAGGAUACACCGUAUUGGAUGUGAUUGGAUGUGGCAUUGAUAUGCAGCGUCGUGAUAUCUUUUACACAAAGAACGGCCGCUUUAUUGGAAGAGCUUUUCAUGCUGUACGAUUUGGGAUUGAUCUACAUCCAUGCAUUGGUUUGAAUUCACCGGGGGAAUCCGUGGUUGUCAACUUUGGAAAUCAGCCUUUUGUAUUUGACAUUGAAAAGUACAUCAAGGAUCAGCAAAUGAAAAAGGUUCAAGAACUUCAACAAAAGUACAGCAAGGAUUGA